UUUUUAGCUUUUGUUUAGUUUUUCUGCGAUUCAAUCCUUCUGAUUAGGGUUCUUUUGUAGCAAGAGAGCACGUUAAUGGAUCUGAAGAUGGAUGUUGACGGUCCUCACGCAAUGGGCACUACUAUUAUCGGAGUCACUUACAACGGAGGCGUUGUCCUCGGUGCCGACUCUCGUACCAGCACUGGCGUUUAUGUUGCUAAUCGAGCAUCAGACAAGAUUACACCGCUGACCGACAAUGUUUACGUUUGUCGCUCCGGAUCGGCUGCCGAUUCUCAGAUUGUCUCUGACUAUGUGCGGUACUUCCUCCAUCAACACACGAUACAGCUAGGGCAGCCUGCAACUGUCAAAGUUGCUGCAAAUCUUGUCAGGCUACUGUCCUACAAUAACAAGAACAUGUUGCAAACUGGCAUGAUUGUUGGUGGUUGGGACGAAUAUGAAGGCGGUAAAGUUUAUGGAAUUCCUCUUGGUGGAACAAUACUAGAGCAGCCUUUUGCUAUUGGAGGAUCUGGCUCUAGCUACUUGUAUGGAUUCUUUGACCAAGCUUGGAAUGAAGGAAUGAGCAAGGAUGAAGCAGAGCAAUUAGUUAUUAAGGCAGUUUCACUUGCCAUUGCAAGAGACGGUGCUAGUGGAGGUGUUGUCCGGACGGUCAUUAUAAACUCUGAUGGGGUGACUAAGAACUUCUACCCCAGUGACAAACUUCCUUUAUGGCAUGAAGAGUUGGAGCCUCAGAAUUCAUUAUUGGACAUAUUGAACUCAAGCUCUCCUGAGCCAAUGAACAUUUAGAGAUCUUAUGGCCAAUCGGGAUCCUGCUGGACCUCAUUAUGUUUGUUUUUCGGCACACUUGUAUCUCAAUUAUAAUGUUUAAGCUUUAUUCUGAAAAAGUGGUGGAUAUGUUCGUGAUAGUAUUCAUAUUUGACAUAAAAACCUUGGUUCUGUAGUACAUGAUUAUGUGUGUUGGCUAUACGAUAUUACGAUUCACUCUUUAA